AUGUGUGUGACAGUGGUCGGGGAGGAGAGGAGCCCGGAGCUCGGAGCCCAAACCGCGGUGGAACCCGAAGCCGAAGCAGAUCAUAAUCCUCGAGUCCAUCUUCAACUCCGAGAUGGUCAACCCUCCCCAGGACGAGAUUCGCAAGAUCCGCCUCCAACUGCAGGAGUUCGGCCAAGUGGACGACGCCAAUGUCUUCUACUGGUUCCAACCGCAACCACCAAACCCAAUCUCCCUCCUCUAAACCACUCUCCACUGCCAUAG